AUGAAUUCCGAUAAGACAGAAUGUCUUCUGAUUGGAACACGACAACAACUUCAGAAAGUCAGUAACAUUAGUACCUUAUCGGUUGGGGACUCCCAAAUUGCUCCAUCUUGUGAAGUUCGAAACCUAGGAACCUGGUUUGAUUGUAAAAUGAGUAUGCUAAGUCAUAUCAACAAAACUUGCUCAUCCGCUUUCUAUUAUCUUUAUAAAAAGACUUAUAACAUGCGUAGAAUUAGGAAAUAUUUAAGUCGUUCAGUCACCGAAUCAUUAGUUCAUGCUUUUAUCACCAGUAGAAUAGAUUAUUGUAACAGUCUACUAUAUGGCCUCCCGAAUUCACAUAUCAUGAAACUCCAACGGAUAGAAUGCCGCGGCUCGGUUGGUCACUGGAACACCUAGAUUCUGCCAUGUUACACCAUUGCUUUUCCACCUUCGUUGGCUUCCAAUAAGUUACCGUAUAAAGGUUAAGAUUCUACUUUUGACAUUUAAGUGCUUAUAUGGUCAAGCUCCUAAUUAUCUAAUUGAUUUCAUUACUAUCAAAAGCAAUCCAGGUACUCUCUAAGGUCAAAUGAGUCUAUAUUCCUCGAGUUACCAGGCAUUAAUGCAUCGGUCAAAUCGAAACUUCAACAUGCCGCCCCCCCCCCCCCGGACAUACCCCGGGCAUUUGACACCUUUGCCGUGCCGGGGAGGAGGGAAUUUGAUUAUCAGAGUCUUCCAGGGGGUGGGGAAUUUGAUCCCCAUGCUUUAGGGGUGGGGAAUUUGAACUGAACCCUCGAUUUCAUGUAAAAUCUUUGGCGUGGCGAGCUAUCAUGGGGGACGCGGCGGUGUUAGAGGAUUUUCGUGGAAAAGAUCGUGCCUUUGUGGCCAAUUGGUUUCGAGGAAAGGGCUUAAACAAGCUUUGUGCUGUAUUUGAAGUAUUUAAAUUUUUAAAUAUUUAACACUGGAUUCAGGCUUUGAAUGUAUGAAUGUAUUUUAUUGUUGUGUUUUAUACGAUGAAAUACAAUGCCUAUACCGGCGAUUCAAUACAACAACAUAAAAUAAAAUAAAAAGCUCAGGUCAACUACUUUGACCUACUGCAAGUAUGUUAGUUAAUAAGGUGAGCGAUGCAUAUCAGGGAAAUGGUCAUGAUGUAGUAAUCUCAAUAGAUGGGGUCUUUUUUUAUAGAACGCUUUGAGCAUUCAGUGACCUUGUAGCAGCGAUUUCCGCCGCUUUCCACGAGACUUUUGUUCUUAGUAAAUACGCUAACAGUGUUUCUCAGUUUUGUUAUAUUUAUAAAGAUUUUGUUCGACAACUGAAGGCUUUUCCGCCGUCCCUCUGUCAGUUUUGUGCCUGUGAAACGUCCCCGGGAUGGGGGCAUUUGAUCACCUGAAUGGACCAUAGUGUGGGGCAUUUGAACGGCAUUUUGGCUCGGGUAGGGGGGAAUUUGAACAAUAAUUUUCAAAAAAGUCAAAUGCCUGGGGCGUUGCCCGGGGGGGGGGGGGCAUGUUAUAGCUUCGAUUUGACCGAUACAUAAGACCCAUCCAACUCUUGGCGAUCGUGCAUUCCAGUCAGCUGCACCUUAUCUCUGGAAUGCAUUACCUUCGGCAAUUCGCAACAUAAAGACAUUGGGCACUUUUAAGACUGCUGUUAAAACUCAUUUUUACAAUUUAGCUUUUAAAUAG